UACUGCAAUCCAAUUUCCAUCGCCAUUGCUCAAAUCUUCUACUAAUUUACUUUCAUCAUCCAUGCAUUGCCUACACAUAAAACUUGGGUGAUUACAACAGAAACAUUAGAUGCCAGUAAAUAAAUAAGGCUAUUUAUAUAGAACAAUCAAAUCAAAAUGGAUGCACCAAAAGUUGCCAGAACAAGGAAAACAAAGGUUAAGAAUUCAACUUCAAGGCCAGAAACCAGACAUGUCUCAAGCAAAGUUGGGAAAUUUGAUCUCACUGAUCUACAAUGGACCAAUCAAAUUCCACAGUGUCCAGUGUACCACCCAUCAGAACAGGAGUUUCAGGAUCCUUUUGCAUAUCUACAGAUGAUUGCUCCAGAGGCAUCUAAAUUUGGUAUAUGCAAAAUAGUUUCUCCUAUAAGUGCCUCUAUUCCUGCUGCUGUUGUAUUAACAAAAGAGAAAAAGGACUUCAAGUUUAAGACUAAUGUGCAGCCUCUUCGGCUUUCUGAUUGGAAUGAGAAAGAUAUAAUAACCUUUUCCAUGAGAAAAAGAAAAUACAGCUAUCAUGAAUUUGAGGCUCUGGCAAACAGUGCUUGUCUGAGUAGAUUUUACAGUUCUGGAGGUCUUUCAUCUUCAGAUGUGGAAAAGGAGUUCUGGCGUGUGAUGGAUUUUGGAGAGAAGGGUAAGAUUGAGUAUGGAGUCAAUAUUGAGGGUAGUGCCUUUUCAUGUGAUCCUCAUGACAAGCUUGGAAAAAGCAAAUGGAAUCUGAAGAAUUUCUCACGGCUGCCACAAUCCACAUUGCGCUUAGUUGACAAGGAAAUUCCAGGAAUAACUGAUCCUAUGCUUUACAUUGGGAUGCUGUUCAGCAUGUUUGCAUGGCAUGUAGAAGAUCACUAUUUAUACAGCAUAAAUUAUCAUCAUUCAGGUGCAAACAAAAUUUGGUACGGUGUGCCUGCCCAUGAGGCCUCUCAAUUUGAAAAUACUGUCUUACAUCAUGUGUAUGGCAAUAAAAUCUCAUCAAAACUUGGAGAAGAUGGUUCUUUCCAACUUCUUGCACAUAAAACAACCAUGUUCCCUCCAAUUAUCUUGCUGAAAAAUGAUGUGACAGUUUACAAGGCUGUUCAGAAGCCAGGAGAAUUUGUGAUCACCUUUCCUAGAGCAUAUCAUGCUGGAUUCAGUACUGGUUUUAACUGUGGAGAAGCAGUGAACUUUGCUAUUGGUGAUUGGUUUCCAUUUGGGGCUGCAGCUAGUAAGCGUUAUGCACAUCUCAGAAUGCUUCCCAUGAUUCCAUAUGAGGAACUUCUUUGUAAAGAGGCUAUGCAGAUUCACAAGUUCUUAAAAGUCAGAAGUUCUAAGAACAAAUCUAAGGACAUUGCAUCUUAUAGUGCUACAGUAUUGACUUUUGUGCACCUUAUGCAAUUUUAUAAGAAGGCCCUUUUGAGACUGAAGGGUUCACCAGAGUGUUCAAUUUCUUCAAAUACCAUAUCUACUCUGAUAUGCUGCCACUGCCUCAGAGAUUGUUAUGUAGCAUACAUGUUGUGCAAGCACUGCUAUUCUUAUCCAAUUUGCCUUUGCUGCCAUGACAUGGCAUCAAAGAGGUGCUCCUGUGGGAGAAAAUACACUAUUUUUAAGAGGAGUGACAUGUUAGCCAUGGAGGAUGCUGCCAAAAAAUUUGAGAAGGAAAAAGAAAUCCAUUUGAAAUAAAAAGAGAGCAUGAAUAAAAUAAAAAUUCAGAAAAAAGAAGAAUCAAGAUGGUUAUACCACCUAAGUGCUGCUGCAAUGUCUUAAAGAGUUUGAGAUCACUUGCACUAUCGCUGACAUCUAACAAAUCAGACUUUCUUCGUGGCCUUUAUUUAACUUCUCAUUGGUUUUUAGCAUUUAAUGGUUUAUGGUUAUGUUAUUGUAGACUUGUAUUUUUUUAGAACUGUACAAUGUAGAUUAGUUUGUUGGUUUAUGGUUAUGUUAUUGUAGACUUGUACUUUUUUAGAACUGUACAAUGUAGAUUAGUUUGUAAA